AUGUCCAGUUUAUACUCUUUAGGUUUAAUCUUUUUUAGCUCUUUUGAGCUGGUCUCCUCAAGUCCUGCUACGGUUCGCAGCCGGAUCGCACCAGUAGUGCCGCAUGCUACACAGCUAGCAGCUCACGCUGAUGAACGGCUCUAUAAACGGCAAGCCUUCGCACCUGUCACUACCUGUGGAUAUCUCGAUGGCAAACCUGAGAAUCCUCGAACAGCUGACCCUGGCUACGGAUGCCGUGUCGACACCGCAAACGGUUUAUGGGGUUUUUGUCCAACCAGCGUUUUAUCGGCCAAAGACUGUGGUUUAGCUGGCUUAUGCAUCGACAACCAUUCUUGCACGACGGGGUGUGGGAGACUAUCUGAUCGAGCCGAUAUCACUACGUUUACAUGCGACUCCGAACAAUUUUGUUCUACAGCUCUCCUAAUCAACGGCCCUGAUCAAUCAUUUGAGUACAUUGCCUGCGGAGACACUGCCGCCGUCGACAGCCUUUUCGCGGUGCCGAAUACAGUAGAGGCAACAACAACGUCCGCUUCGAGUACUGAAAGCAGUGCCUCUUUGGCUACCUCAACCCAACCACCAACAACGUCGGAUGCGCAAAGCUCAACAGUCCUGGAUCCAAUUGGCAGUAUCCUCCCAUCAUCAACACCAAGCUCGACACCUGCACCCACCGAACAGAAGUCAACAAAUAUCGGGCCUAUAGUGGGUGGGGUCAUUGGAGGGCUUACAGUGAUAUGCUUAACCAUUCUCGGUGUCGUUCUCAUUCGGCGGAAACGCGGUAGUACAGAGAAGGUGGCACAGCCACCAGGAUACACAUAUGAUCACCCGAGUAAAUUUGUAGAACUGAGUACGGACAGCUCAACUCACCUUCAGAAGGGACAGCACUGGGAUAACAAUCACGGCCCAGUUGAGAUGUACGGGUAUCAUGUAAAUGUGGAACCUGUCGAGCUUCCAGGGAAGGUACUACCUAUACGUCCCCAAUAG